AUGGCUCAAACUGCAGCGAUGAUGUCCCAGACUGCUACUGUCUUUCCUCGUAGUCACGUCGGUUUCGACAGUAUCACCUCGCAAAUUGAGAGGAAGCUUCUGAAGCGUGGUUUUCAAUUCAAUGUUAUCUGUGUUGGUCAGACUGGCCUUGGGAAAUCAACUCUUAUCAACACAAUCUUCGCGGCACAUCUUAUUGAUUCCAAGGGCCGCCUCACCCCCGAUGAACCUGUAAGGUCUACCACUGAGAUCCAGACCGUAUCCCACAUUAUUGAGGAGAACGGCGUUCGUCUCCGGCUGAACAUUGUCGAUACCCCGGGCUACGGCGACCAGGUUAACAACGACAGAUGCUGGGAUCCCAUUGUCAAGUAUAUUAAGGACCAGCAUUCCGCAUACCUCCGCAAAGAGCUUACUGCUCAGAGAGAACGCUACAUUCAAGACACCCGCAUCCACUGUUGUCUAUUUUUCAUCCAGCCAUCUGGACAUGCUCUGAAACCCAUUGACAUAGUUGUCUUGAAAAAAUUAUCUGACGUUGUCAACGUUGUCCCUGUAAUUGCAAAGUCGGACUCACUCACGCUAGAGGAGCGCGCUGCUUUUAAGGAGAGGAUAAAGGAGGAAUUCGCAUUCCACAACCUUAAGAUGUAUCCUUACGACAAUGAUGAAUUGGAUGAGGAAGAGCGUGCCCUGAACGCCCAGAUAAAGAACAUCAUUCCUUUUGCCGUUGUAGGUUCUGAGAAAUCAAUAAUCGUCGAUGUUGAGGAUGAGAAGCACUGCGAGUUUGUUUACUUGCGAAAUUUCCUUACUCGUACUCACCUCCAGGACCUGAUCGAAACCACAUCUCAAAUCCAUUACGAAACAUUCCGUGCAAAGCAGCUCUUAGCUUUGAAGGAGUCCAGUGCUGCGGGUGCUGGCAGCAGCCGACCCAUUUCACCAGCCGCUGAGAGGGAAUUAAGCAGGGGGUCGCAACAAAGGAUGACGAUGAAUGGAUACUAG